AGCUGCGUCGUCCCCGUUGAGGGUUGGCGGCCAACGGCUCCCUCGCGGGCUGCCGCCGCCGCCGUUGCCCUUCACGCCAGGCAGUCGGGAGAAAAUGGUCGGUCGGAACAGCGCCAUCGCCGCCGGUGUAUGCGGGGCUCUUUUCAUCGGAUACUGCAUUUACUUCGACCGCAAGAGACGGAGUGACCCCAAUUUCAAGAACAGGCUGCGAGAGCGAAGAAAGAAACAGAAACUUGCCAAGGAGAGAGCUGGGCUUUCUAAGUUACCUGACCUUAAAGAUCCUGAAGCUGUUCAGAAAUUUUUCCUUGAAGAAAUACAGCUUGGUGAAGAGUUACUAGCCCAAGGGGAGUUUGAGAAGGGUGUGGACCAUUUGACAAAUGCAAUUGCUGUGUGUGGACAGCCACAGCAAUUAUUGCAAGUAUUACAGCAGACUCUUCCACCACCAGUGUUUCAGAUGCUUCUGACUAAGCUCUCAACAAUUAGUCAGAGAAUUGUAAGUGCUCAGAGCUUGGCUGAAGAUGAUGUGGAAUGAAAAACAAAUGUCAGCAUAAUCAAAUCUCAGUUUAAAAUAUUUUAAAAAUUCGGAAGAUGAACAGCUCUGGGGGAAUAAGGGCAAAUGUGCUUGAUAUGGACUGUGUACUACACUGAAGUCUACCAAAGUUAAUUUUUACUUUGUGUAGAUCCAUUUGUCUGUUUUAUUUAUUUUUCCCAGUGAAAAGUGUCUUUUGAUGAGUAUUUUUCAUUUUAUAAAUAUACUGAGUUACUGAAAAUCAUGGAUUUUGUUUCUUCCUAAAAUGUGCAAUUAAAAUGUACAUACAUGUAACAAUACUUAGGUUAAAAAUACCCAGUGCUCAGUUUUGAAAGAUAAGACAAAAAAAAAAGUAUAGGAGAAAGCUGAAGGAUGCACAUUUUUUAAAGCUGUACAUUUUGCUGUGCGUCAGAAGAUUGUAUGAAAACUUGAUUGUGUUUAUCAAAUAUUUGUGAAACAUGCUGCUGUGCUAUAUUAUGAACUUCACCUCUACCCCUUCCAUCAGUCUUGAAAUACUUUGUUUAAAUCAAUGAGCUUAGUGAAAUGUUUUAUUUAAAACAGUGGGCUUAAUAUGUUCUGGGUAUUUAUCACCCUUUGUUUUAGAUAUGUGUAGUUGUAAAUAGCACUAGCUGUGUGAGCUUCACCAAUUCGUGUCUGUUCACUUUCCUCAUUUAUAAAAUAAGGGAACCGGUCCAGUGCUUUCUGCGGUAUCCCUUUCAACUCCUAAUGUAUAUUGUUCUUUUUAGCAUCUUCAAAUCCACUUAACCUGAGGAGUGUCUUUGUUUGACUACCAGGCCUUGCAUUGUUUUAUACGCUGAAUUUCGCAUGCUUGCCUGACUUAGUAUUUCCAAAUGGAUCUUUUGUUAGUGUCUAACUAUUGUGUUGAUUUUCACUGUUGUCAUAUGGUUCUGUCACAACUCUGUAAAUUAAUUUGAAGUGUAUUGGUAACUGGAUGACCUGCUUGUAAGAAAUGUUUAUUCCCCUUUGCGUUUCUCUUGGGUGUACUUCUUUAAUCCUAAUUCAACUUAAUUCAUUUAUCUUGUUGAACACUAAGAGUAAGGCAUAACCUUAUGGCUGAAGACUGAAAAAAAUGCAGCUAGUGGGACCUUUUGUUCUCAAAUAUUGACAUGUUUUCUGCAUGUCAAUGUUUAAAGAUCCUUGGUAUUGUAUAGCAUGUGCUGAACAUUGUACAAACUGGCUUUUAUGCUGUCUAAAAGUCUGCAGAGAGAUCCCAAAGGUUUUUCCUAUGUACUGGGCUUUUGGUUUACUAACAAACUUUUCUUACUUAUCUUAGGGGUUUUUGUGUGUGGUGGUUGUGGUGUAGUGGAAAGAGUUUGAAAUACAGGUCUAGCUUCUGCCUCUAGUUAGUCACAUAGCCUUGGGCUAUCAUGUCAUGUCACCUGUAAUAUUCUCACCUAUAAAUUAGAACAUCAGACUGGAUGGUUCAAACAUGUAAUUACUCUUCCUCCAGGUACCUUCUUUCUUUUAUUAUUAUUAUCAUGACACUUGGUGUACUUUUUUGAGAGGGGAUGAUCAAUAGAAACAUGGCAGUCAUUUUACUAAUAGGCUCUGAAAUUCAAAGCAUUGUAGUAGUGAUUGGUUAAUAAUUGCCCAUGCAGCUGAGAAACAAGCUUCUCUCUUGCAAUAGUCUAGGUAUACAUUGGGGGAUGUGUGGGGCGGACAGAGGGAGAAUGUAGGUGGAAAAAAGAGCAGGGAGCAGACAGCUUGGUAAGAAAAGAAUGGGCCCAGAAAAACUAAGAAUUGGCUGGAGGAGUAGGGGUCAAUUUAGAUUUGGGGAGGGUAGAAAGCCAACUCUAUUUAUGUCCUUGAAAAUUGUAUUGCAGUACAAGCUGGGUUUCACUUGGCUUUCUGGAAAAUAAUCCACUUUGAUUUAAGCCUUGUUGAAAAGUCUGUGAUAGCCUCCCUUUAGAGCUGAUUAAGCCAAGUACAUUUUGGCUUAAUCAGCUUUGGUACUUUUGAAGGUAUUAUGUAAAAAAA